AUCUUCUUUUCCAACUUCAGUCAGCCACUCCAAGUCCACAGUCCCAAAGUGUAUGAAUCUUCUUAAGGAAUGGCAAUUCCUUUGUCAACCUUCUUAAGUUUCCCAUCAUCACCACCAUCUCCACCGUUCCUUCACCCUCAAAAACCCAAAAUCACAGCAUUUCCAACUCAUCUCCCAAUACCCUUUAAACCCUCUACUUUCUCCCUGAAUCCCAGACCAAAAACGCCCAAAAAAAUGCUUACCACACCAUUAGCUGCGGCCACCGAUCUAAGCCUAGUACAACAGGCAAUUAAAUUGGUCCAAUCUUCGCCACCAACAUGGCAAUCUUCUCUGCUGAGUAAUCUCCUAAUCUUUAUUCUGGGCAGUCCAAUUCUGGUCUCUGGUUUGUCUCUAUCUGGCAUUGCAGCUGCUUUCUUGCUUGGCACUCUCACAUGGCGCGCUUUUGGCCCAUCAGGGUUCUUCCUUGUUGCUUCGUAUUUUGUUAUUGGCACUGCUGCAACAAAGGUGAAAAUGGCUCAAAAGGAGGCUCAAGGAGUUGCUGAGAAGAGAAAGGGAAGGAGAGGACCUGGCAGUGUGAUUGGUUCUAGUGCAGCUGGAUGUGUUUGUGCUGUCUUAUCGAUUUAUAGGAUAGGAGGAAAGGCAUUUUCCCCGCUAUGGUUGCUUGGAUUUGUUGCUAGUUUCUGUACAAAGUUGAGUGACACCGUAUCAAGUGAGAUAGGGAAGGCGUAUGGCAGAACAACAUAUUUGGUCACUACGUUUAAGGUGGUACCUAGAGGAACAGAAGGUGCUGUGAGUGUUGAAGGAACAUUGGCUGGACUACUGGCUUCAAUUCUUCUUGCUUCAGUUGGUUGUCUAAUGGGUAAUAUUAAACCAUCCGAGGCCAUUAUAUGUGUAGUAGCUUCCCAGAUUGCUAAUCUUGGAGAGAGUUUUAUUGGUGCAGAAUUCCAAGGAAAAGAAGGAUUCAAAUGGCUUAACAAUGAUGCUGUCAACAUCAUCAACAUAUCCUUGGGCAGCAUUCUGGCAGUCCUAAUGCAGCAACUCAUACUCCAAAAGUAGCAAAUUUACCGAAAAUAGUUCAUAGAUACACCAUCAUUAGGAAGCAUGGGCAUAUGAUUUCAAGCCAGUUACUGCUUGUGUCAGCAACAAGCAAUCGUGCAUGGAAGAAAGCAGAUUCAACACUGGACGCCAUUGAGGGCAACUCCAGGAUGUAGCCUGCUAUUGUGAAUUCUAAUGAGAAACACAUCCUCGAUGAGUGACCCCUGAGAUACAACGUAGUGAUUAACCCAAUCUCUUUAUUUAGUGCAAGUGUCUGAACCUUUUCUUCUGAAUUCGUUGUACGUCAUUCUUCACCGCUUGUAGAAAAUUUUCCAGCCUGUAAACUUUAGUGGAACUAAUCAUUAACUAAUUUUAUGUACUUUCAUGCUCUGUUAUUAGCAUCGACUAUGUGCUAGAUGAUUGGCAAGAAAACAUUUUUAACUUA